UCAAGUUUGUUUGACUCCAAACGUUUUCAUAAGGUUAGAAAAUAAAUUCUAUUUACUCAUCGAAGACUCAUCCGGCGAACAGAAUAAAAAGAGAGAGUGAAGCACGUUUGAUUCAUCUCGAAGAGCUUCGACUUGAGAAAUGUCUGGUGAGGAUUCUCCUCUGGAGGAGGACGAAACCGAGGUCCUCGUGUACGUCGAGUUCGAGGGGACAGCCCGGAGAGACGUUUUCUCCAACGAGAAACUCCAGUUGGAUAUGAUCGGCCUAGACAUGGAGCAUCCAGUCAUGAGGGUGAAUGGUCGAUAUUAUGAAGGAACGUAUGAGGAUGCGGUUGGAACCUACAUGUUCUUCGAGAAGGAGAAGAACCCAGUGGUCGAUGACCCAGUGUUUGACGUGCCACCGAAGCUAAAAUACUCCACGAAGACGAGAAAAGUCCUGAAGAUGAAGCGAGUAUUCGUUAAACCCAGACUGGACGUUAUGGAGGAUUCGAAUCACUCCCAGUCUGUUCCGAAUUUAGAAGCACUCAAAGAGGCUGGUGUUCCACCGAAUUAUCAGGAAGAAGCUCUGAACCUCUGGAAGGAGAUGCGAGAGGAGCGCCUGGAGGCCUUGAACGAGUACCUGGAGAAGCAGAAGAUUCGAGAGGAGAAGAGACAGAAGGGAAUUGAGCCAGAUUCAGAAUCCGACGAGGAGAGUCCGUUUGCCAUGUACAAGACUAAAACGAAUGAUGGAGAAGUGUCACCUGCCACUGGGGAUGCAUCAGCUGUGAUUGAUCCAGGCCCCUCUACCUCGAAGGGCAACAUUUCCCCACUCGACCCUGAACCCAACGAAAAUGCUCAAUUACCAAAAUCGUCUUCACAAAUAAAAAACCAAGGAUAUCUCCAAGUUUACUCGAGUCAGAGGGCUAAGAGGCGAGUGAAGAAGAAGCCAGAAAAUACUAAGGACUCUCGCUCUAAGAAAGAUUGUGCGGGUGGGCAGGUGGGGGUAAGUGAAUCUGCACCACGUGAUGACGAUCACCAGUCCAAGAUCUCUGAGAAAAUUCCUGGAGAGCCCCAAAGAGAGGAUGGAGGAUCUGAAGAGUCUGAAUCCGAUGCGAUGAGUCACACCUCAGAGGCUAAUUUGCAGGGCGAUGAUGUUAAAUAUAUCUCUGAUAAGAAAUUAGAUAAGGAAAUGAAACGCCAGGCGAAAAUUAGGGAGAUUUCUGAGAGGCUGAAGAGGACAGCUGAUGAAAUUAAAUCCAAGACGAAUCCGUAGGGGACUUUUUUUACUUGAAGUCUUGUCAGUUUUGACUCUUUUCCUUCAAUUUCCAUUCCAAUGGAUAUUUUUUCGUCAAUGUGUUCAUGUUGAUUCGUGUUUAUUGCGGUUUUCAGUGCAUUCAAAGUUCGUUUUGUUUAUUAAAUUAGAGCAGUCAUCAUAUGAAAAGUGAAAAGGAGAUGAAGAAACUCAUGGCAAAUUAGAUUUCGACGUCAUGAGUUCAAAACUAGGGCUGAAAACCUAGGGCGAGGAUUGAAUCCAAGAUGAAUCCAUAAAAGAUUCAUUUCCAUCUGAAGUCAUGUCCUCUUUCUCUUCAAUUUCCAAUCUAACGGCUAUUUUUUCUUCAAUAUGUUCCUGCAAAUUUGUGUUCACCGCAAUUAUUUGUGUUUUAAAAAAAUGAUUUCGUUCGUUAAUUCAAGAUUCAUCGAGUUUAAACCAAUUUACAUUAAAGGCCUAUUAAAUUGGAGCAGUGGGUUAUUAUAUGAAAAGUGAAAAGGAAGAUUAAAUCCAAGAUGAAUCCACAAAAGAUUCAUUUCCAUCUGAAGCCAUGUCCUCUUUCUCUUCAAUUUCUAAUCUAAAGGAUAUUUUUCCCUCAAUAUUUUCCUGCAAAUUCGUGUUCACUGCAAUUAUUUGUGCCUUUAAAAAAUGAUUUCAUUCAUUAAUUCAAGAUUCAUCGAGUUUAAACCAAUUUACAUUAAAGGCCUAUUAAAUUGGAGCAGUGGGUUAUUAUAUGAAAAGUGAAAAGGAAGAUUAAAUCCAAGAUGAAUCCACAAAAGAUUCAUUUCCAUCUCAAGUCGUCUCCCUUACUCUUCUAUUUCCAAUCUAACAGUUAUUUUUUCUUCAAUAUUUUCCUGCAAAUUCAUGUUCACUGCAAUUAUUUGUGGCUUUAAAAAAUGAUUUCGUUCGUUAAAUCAAGAUUCAUCGAGUUUAAACCGAUUUAUCCCAAGCCCUAUUAAAUUGGAGCAGUGGGUUAUCGCGUAAAAAAAAUGAUCCAAUGAAAGUUCACGCUAGGGAUUCGUAUUCUUUGGUAAUAGGGAGGAAAACCCGGAAAUAUGUACAGAGGAGCCCGCGUCGACAUUGGCGCAGCAAAAUAACAUGUGAUGUCACGCUAAACUGACUCUGCCAAUUUCAAAAUCAUUUUAAUACGAGUGUUACGCUUAUGCCAUAAUUGAAUCGAGGGUAUCCUCCUGAGGGCUUCGACACCGUCAAUGACUCCCAGUAACGUGUGGGCUACGAUGCAGCCACAAGCCGACGUUCAGUUUAAAAUUCCCUUCAUUUCCCCGACCUUUUACAAAAUACUGAAGAGAUAGGCGUUAUCAAAUUUUAGAGAUCUUAUCAAUUCCGGUAGUUUCGUUUAUUCUUGUAUCAACAAUUCGAAAUACCAAGUGUAAACACCACAGGCCAUUAAGUAUAUUAUUUUCCAACAGAAGUGCCUGAAGCUCUGAUAAGAAAAAUUAUUCAAUCGAAAGCCAAAUGACACGAAAAUGCGACGAGAUUUUAUAAAUUUAUAGCAACGCUGUGAUGCUGUGCAUCGAAAUUAAAUCGAAAAGGUGAAUAAAAUUCAGGAAAAAAAUAUUUUACGUGCGAGAAUGUCAUUUUCGAAUUCAUAGGAUAAAAGUGAUGUGAUCAUCCACCGGUAAAGGUCCAGUGGGUAAAAUGAACCGAAUUAUUUCAAAAAAUGUUGAGGUGUGAUGAGAACACCAACAAUUCAGUGAGGAAAAAAAAUCGCCUGCGUACGGAGAUAAU